AUGGCUCCAAGCUUGAGCAAGAAUGUACUAGAUUCGUUGGGGCUUCUUGAUGGAGAACUAACAUUAUCCAUCAUCUUGAAAGAAUCGAAUUUUCUUGCUAAUGGCCAUCCGAUUCUUAGUGAAGUUCCCACGAACAUUGUAGCCACUCUAUCUCCAUUUAACGCUACAGAUAAGGCAGAGAGCGCGCCGGGUUGCUUCGUGGGAUUUGACGUGGAUAAGCCCAAAAGCUGGCAUGUGGUGCCCAUUGGCAAGCUCAGAGGAAUAAGGUUCCUGAGCCUAUUCAGGUUCAAAGUUUGGUGGACCACUCACUGGGUUGGAAACAAUGGAAAAGACUUGGAGCAUGGGACCCAGAUGCUGAUAUUAGACAAAAAUGACUUGGGACGCCCUCAUGUUCUUCUUCUUCCAAUCCUGGAGGGACCCUUCAAAGCUUCUCUUCAACCUGGAGUUGAUGAUUACGUGGACAUGUGCCUGGAAAGUGGGUCCUCCCAUGUGUGCGGUUCGAGUUUUAGAAGUUGCUUAUAUAUACAUGUCGGUAACGAUCCAUACCAGCUCCUGAAGGAGGCCAUGAAAGUCGUAAGGCUCCAUUUGGGGACAUUCAAACUUCUUGAGGAGAAAACUCCACCAGAAAUCGUAGAUAAAUUUGGUUGGUGCACUUGGGAUGCAUUUUAUCUUAACGUUCAUCCUGAAGGUGUACGGGAAGGCGUGAAGGGCUUGGUGGAAGGCGGGUGUCCUCCGGGGCUGGUUCUGAUUGAUGAUGGAUGGCAGUCCACUUGCAAUGACGAAGAUCCUAUUACUGAUCAAGAAGGCAUGAACCGGACGAGCGCUGGUGGGCAAAUGCCGUGCAGGCUGAUAAAAUUUGAAGAGAAUUACAAAUUCAGGGACUAUAAAAGCCCCAAUGAACCAGCGAAAAAAGGCAUGAGCGCCUUCGUUAGGGACCUGAAAACAGAGUUCAAAAGCAUCGAGAAUGUGCAUGUAUGGCAUGCGCUAUGUGGGUACUGGGGCGGCGUUAGACCCAAUAUCAAAGGCAUGCCCGAGUCCAGGCUCGUUGCUCCUAAAUUGUCAAAAGGUUUGCUGAUGACUAUGGAAGAUUUGGCUGUGGAUAAGAUAGUGGACAGUAAAAUUGGACUUGUCCCACCAGAGCAAGCCCACGAGAUGUACGAGUGACUCCAUUCUCACCUCGAGUCGGCGGCCAUUGAUGGUGUCAAGGUUGACGUAAUUCAUUUGUUUGAAUUGCUUGCUGAGGACUUUGGUGGUCGAGUUGAGCUUGCUAAAGCUUACUACAAGGCACUAACUGCUUCUAUUCGAAAACAUUUCAAAGGGAAUGGUGUCAUUGCCAGUAUGGAGCAGUGCAAUGAUUUCAUGUAUCUCGGCACAGAGAUCAUUUCACUUGGACGCGUCGGAGAUGAUUUCUGGUGCAAUGACCCGAAGGGCGUCACAAACGGAACGUUUUGGCUACAAGGGUGUCACAUGGUGCAUUGUGCAUAUAAUAGCUUGUGGAUGGGCAAUGUCAUACACCCAGAUUGGGACAUGUUCCAGUCUACUCAUCCUUGUGCUGGAUUCCAAGCUGCUUCCAGGGCAAUUUCCGGAGGGCCUGUUUAUGUGAGUGACUGUGUUGGUAAGCACAAAUUUGACUUGCUCAGGAGCCUUGUGUUACCCGAUGGAACCAUUUUGCGAUGCCAACACUAUGCUCUUCCCACCAGAGAUUGCCUGUUUCAAGAUCCUUUACAUGAUGGGAAAACAAUGCUUAAGAUUUGGAACCUCAACAAAUAUACAGGAGUUUUAGGACUCUUCAAUUGUCAAGGAGGAGGAUGGUGCUCUGUGACCAGAAAAAACGCUGGUUUCUCAGAGUUUUCAAACACAGUAUCCUGCUUGGCUAGUCCUAAUGACAUUGAAUGGAACAAUGGAAAGCAUCCGAUGCCUUCUAUGAAGGGAGUGAACAAAUUUGCUGUUUACAUGUUUCAAGAAGACAAGCUGAAGCUGCUGAAACCAUCAGAUAACAUAGAGAUUACCCUCGAGCCAUUUAACUAUGAGCUGCUUACUGUUUCUCCUGUCAAAGUCCUGCCAAAAAGAUCGAUCCAGUUGGCCCCAAUUGGACUGGUGACCAUGCUCAACUCUGGUGGCGCGGUUCAGUCUCUGGUUUUCGAUGACAAUGAGAAUGCGGUGAGAAUUGGAGUGAAGGGUUGUGGAGAAAUGAGGGUGUUUGCUUCAGAGAAACCAUUGAUGUGCAAGAUUGAUGGAGCGAGUGUGGAGUACUGUUAUGAUGACCAAAUGGUAAUGGUCCAAGUUCCAUGGCCAAGUUCUUCCAGAUUAUCAGUUGUUGAAUACUUGUUUUGA